AUGGCGCCCACAGCAGUAGUCAUCCCCCUGUACAUCUAUCCCACCCCGGGGGCGUGGGGCCCACUGGUGCAGACCGCCAAGGCGAACCCGCUGGUGCCGUUCGUCGCGAUUGUGAACCCCAACAACGGCCCAGGCAAGACGGCCCUGCCGGACGCGAGCUACCAGGAGGCGCUGGCCGAGCUGUGCUCCGUGCCCAACAUUACGCUGCUGGGCUACGUGCACUGCCAGUGGUGCAAGCGGGCCGGCCCCUCGAUCGAGUCGGACAUCGACGUAUACGCGAGCUGGGACGCCGAGAGCGACGGGCGCUUCAGCGUGUCGGGCAUCUUCAUCGACGAGGCGCCGUGGGAGCCGUGCCACAGGGCAUACAUGCGGACCCUCGCCGACUACAUCCGCCACACGUUUGCUGAGGAGACGGGGACCCGCGGCAUCGUGUGCUACAACCCGGGCGUCGUGGUGGAGAAGGGCUACCUCGACGACUGCGACCUCGCCGUCGUCUUUGAGCAGAGCCACAAGGAGUGGUACGCGUACUUUUUGCGCAAGGGACUGGUGCAGAUCCCAUACAACCUGCGCUCAAAGUGCGUCGCCAUGGUGCACUCGUUCGGCCGGCUCGACGACUGCGGCGCCAACACCAACGGCCACGGCAACGGCAACGCACACGGCCAGGGUCACGUAAACGCACUCGCGCUCCGGGCCAGCAUCGACCUUGACGGCUCCCACGCCGGCGGCGCAGACAAGGCCGCAACCGCCCUCACGGACCAGAUCACGGAGCUCGGCUUCGGCGGCGUGUUCCUCACAGAGCAGGUCGGCGGCUACAGCCGCUUCCCCGAGACGUGGGACACGGUCGCGAGCCGCCUGACGCAGACGCAACCGCGUUUAAGUUAG